UCAGCCGUAUCUAGUCUGAAAAGCCAUAUAGCUUCGAAGUCAGCAAUGGCCUUACCACCGAAGUUUGCAGGUCAGAGAUUACUGGGUUCAUCGUCCCAGCCAGCGCAGCACACUCUGGAAUUAUGUAUGUUUCCGGGGAUCCCAGCGGCAUAUCACACGAACUGACGUCGGGGCGAAUGGAAGAUCUCGACUAUGUGUGCCCUUUUUCUGCCAAGUUAUUCAAUACGUUUUACAGCUCAGUUAAACCGAUGAUUAUCGAACGCUAUCAGUCUAAGUUGCAGGUUAUAUUUCGACAGCACAUCCAGCCCUGGCACCCGUCGUCCACCCUCACCCACGAAGCUGCCGCUGCUGUUCUGAGAAUCGCACCGGACAAGUUUUGGGAUUUUAGCGCUGCUCUUUACAAACGCCAAGAGGAAUUCUUCGACGUCAGUGUCCUGGGCGAAACUCGUAACGCAACAUACAGAAAACUUUCCGGGAUUGCAGGGAGUGUUGGUGUGGACGAGAACGAGGUACUUGGGUUAUUGACAAUUAGAGAAACGCCCGCGAUCCAAGGGCAGUUGAAUGCCGGGAACGGCGUUACCGACGAUAUCAAAUUGAUGAUAAAAUCAGAUCGGGUAGUAGGGGUCCACGUCUCCCCGACCGUGUACUUCAAUGGCAUUGAGGAGCCAGGUAUCAGCAGCAGUUUCACCACCCCCCAAUGGGAGCAAUGGUUGGCCAAAAACAUUAUCUGAAAGUCCCAUCUCACAGGAUACAAACAGUGAACAAAAAGCGUAAGACCAAGGCAGCCAUGACAUAGGGAGCAGAUAGGGUCUACUUUAACUGUCGAACCAUAUCUCAUUGCAGAACCUCAGUUUUGAUGGAGCAACCGAUUGCCUAAACAAUCUCAUUUUCAUGUCGCAUCCUGCUGGGCGGUAGCACCUUCCUCCGUUGACCGGGAAAAGCGAGAUUUCGGGGCGCGCGUGAUCGGGUAUCCGGCCUUUUAUUUACUGAGAGACAGGCGGUUGGUAAUUCAGAGGGCGCCUAAAGA